AUGUUUGGAUUCGCUAUUCUUGUGAGUACCGUCGCCGCUAUAAUGGCCUCUGGAGUCCCUAGUGGAUGGUGUGAGGAAGACCAUAAUGUCUUUGUUGAAGAGGACUGUUACGAUAAUCUCAUCUCGUGUGAUUUCCUACCAAGUGGUGGUAUUAAGAUGGUUGACUAUGAUAUGACGAUGAAAGGUUAUUGGGAUUUCCUCAUAUCUGCUCAAAAUCUGAGCACUGGUGAUUACUCGGUAUUUCGGACUACUACUACCCUCAAUGGUGUUCCUACGGGGGAGGUGAUGAUCAAUGCUAAGGCCGACUCAAUCGCUGCUGCUUCUACUGAUUACAAACACGAUAGCUAUGCCCCGAUGUAUAUUUGGGCUAUUGUUGACAACGAGAUCAGACUCUAUGGCACUCCCGAGACCAGUGAUAUUGGUUUAG